AGCGGGCCGGACCCCACCGGACCCCAAACCGGCCGGGACCCGCCGUCCCCCCCGGAGCCCGAGGUGGAUGCUGCCCAUCCUGGCUUCCCUCCCGCGCCUCUCCGGACCCCCGACCCUUUGAUGGUCCCGGCGGAGCGCCCCCCACCCAGCUCUCCGGCCUCCCCGGCGGAGGCCGGCCUCCUCGCCAUGGACACCGAGUCCACCUAUUCCGGCUACUCCUACUACUCCGGCCACUCGAAGAAAACCCACCGGGAGCGAAGUCGGGACAGGCACAAGUCACCCCGGAGUAAGGAUGGCAACCGGUCGGAAAAAUCGGUCACGAUCCAGACGCCUCCAGCGGAGCCCCUGUUGGGGAACGACUCGGCCCGGACGGAGGAGGGACAGGACGACAACUGGGGCGAGACCACCACGGCCAUCACGGGGACCUCGGAGCACAGCAUCUCGCAAGAGGACAUCGCCCGGCUCAGCAAGGACCUGGAGGACAGCGUCGGGCUGGACUGCGGCCGCUACCUCGGCCUCACCGUGGCCGCCGCCCUGGGCCUCCUGGUCUUCCUGACGCCCAUCGCCUUCAUCCUCCUGCCCCAGAUCCUGUGGCGGGAAGAGCUGGAGCCGUGCGGCGCCGUGUGCGAGGGGCUGUUCAUCUCGGUGGCCUUCAAGCUGCUCAUCCUCCUGAUUGGGACCUGGGCCCUGUUCCUGCGCCCGCCCCGGGCGGACCUGCCCCGGGUGUUCGUCUUCCGGGCCCUCCUUUUGGUCCUCAUCUUCCUGUUCGUCGUGUCCUACUGGCUGUUCUACGGGGUCCGCAUCCUGGACUCCCGGGACCGGAACUUCCAGGGCAUCGUGCAGUACGCGGUCUCCCUGGUGGACGCCCUCCUCUUCAUCCACUACCUGGCCAUCGUGCUGCUGGAGCUGCGCCAGCUGCAGCCCUGCUUCGCCCUCAAGGUGGUCCGCUCCUCCGACGGCGAGUCGCGCUUCUACAGCCUCGGGCCCUUGAGCAUCCAACGAGCGGCUCUGGUGGUGUUGGAACACUACUACAAAGACUUCACCGUCUACAAUCCCUCCCUCCUGGCAGCCUCGAAGUCGCGAGCAGCCAAACACAUGGCCGGCCUCAAGGUCUACAGUGUGGACGGUCCGGGGAGCAACGGUUCCGGUCAGUCCCGGGCCAUGAUCGCGGCGGCCGCCCGGCGUAGAGACUCCAGCCACAACGAGCUCUACUACGAGGAGGCCGAACACGAGCGCCGCGUCAAGAAGCGUCGAGCGAGGCUGGUGGUGGCGGUGGAGGAGGCCUUCACGCACAUCCGGCGGCUGCAGGCGGACGAGCAGCAGAAAGCCCCGGGGGAGGUGAUGGACCCCCGGGAGGCCUCGCAGGCCAUCUUCCCGUCCAUGGCCCGCGCCCUCCAGAAGUACCUGCGGACCACCCGUCAGCAGCACCUGCACACCAUGGAGAGCAUCCUACAGCACCUGGCCUUCUGCGUCACCAACAACAUGGCGCCCAAGGCCUUCCUUGAGCGGUACCUGCGCCCGGGCCCGACCCUGCAAUACGACCGGAGCCGUUGGUUCGCCAAGCAGUGGACGCUGGUGAGCGAGGAGGCGGUCACCAACGGGCUCCGGGACCAAGUCGUCUUCGUCCUCAAGUGCCUGGACUUCAGCCUGGUCGUCAGCGUGAGGAAGAUCCCCUUCCUGAAGCUCUCCGAGGAGUUCGUGGACCCCAAGUCGCACAAGUUUGUCCUGCGGCUCCAGUCGGAGACGUCGGUUUAGGGGGGGCCGCCCCGUCCCCUCCUC